UACGGUACACGAUUGUGACAACACACACGGUCAGCUUGCAGUCACAAUUUGCGCGAAUAUUUGAAAGAAAGAAAAAACUGGUUGUCAAACAAAUCCAAUGUAAUGCAGUGUAAAAUAAGGCCGUUGCCUUCCACGAGAACAACAACCUUGAACUUGGUUCCAGUAGGCAUGUUGAGGCAGUUCCUGUUCGUAACAUUCGUCACCUUGGUGAUCGGCGACGGUUACUUCGAUUCAGUGGCGUCGCUUCCAUGUGCGUUACGUCAGUACCCGACCGGUUCGGUGUGCGUGUGCAAUGUGACCUACUGCGAUACGUUGCAGUUCGAGGAUCCAAGUGAGUCGGGGGAGUUCAUGCUGGUUUCCAGCAGCCGAGAUGGAGCCCGAUUCGCACAAUCACGGGGGAAGUUUGUGAAGGUAUUCAAUCUCAAUGUCACGUUCUUGCCGGCGGUAGUCAUGGUGCCGAAGCAAAGGAUAGUGCGAAGGAGUACGCGAUCGGUCACUAUUCAGCUGAAUCGGGAGAGGCAGUAUCAGCGGAUGGUUGGAUUUGGAGGGGCGUUUACCGGGGCUGUUUCGUACAAUUUGCGCCGGUUGAAACCGGAGUUAAGGAAGAGUAUCUAUCGAUCGUACUACUCGAAAAAAGUUGGAAUCGGAUACAAUCUGAUGAGGAUCCCGAUCGGAGGGUGUGAUUUCGAUCUGAAACCGUGGGCCUACAAUGAGGCACCGGUGAAUGAUGGCAAGUUAUCCAACUUUACCGAACUGGAUAGGCGAGAUGUGGUGAAGAUCGAGCAAAUCAAGGAACUUAUGGAGGUGUCCGAUAAUCAUGAGAUCAAGUUCAUGGGAGCAGCGUGGAGUUCACCGAGGUGGAUGAAGACGAACAAUGAUUGGACCGGUUCGAGUCGGCUCAAGCCGGAGUACUAUCAAACGUGGGCCGACUACCACAUCAAGUACCUGCAGUUGAUGAAGGAGGCUGGUUUGAAUUACUGGGCGAUAUCGACCGGUAAUGAACCGAUGAAUGCCGUGAUCGGCUUCUUUUUCGUCCGGUUCAUGAGCUUGGGUUGGGUGGCAACGGAUCAAGGAAAAUGGGUCGGUAAUAACCUGGGCCCUGCGCUGAGGAAUUCGGAGUUCAAGGACGUCAAAUUGUUUGCUGGAGACGAUCAGCGGUAUACGUUUCCCUGGUGGUUCUCGCAGAUGGAUCAGGGUCAUCCUAAUGCUACGCAGUACGUGGAUGGCUUGGCCGUCCAUUGGUACUGGGAUGGAGUGACUCCUCCUGGACUGCUGGAUCAAGCCGCCAGCCUGUAUCCGGGCAAGUUGAUCUUCAACACGGAAGCGUCGCUCGGGGAUAAGCCAUUUCAAACGCACCGUCCAAUACUGGGCUCCUGGGAUCGAGCUGAAUCCUACAUAACCUACAUAAUGCAAGACCUUCAGCACAGCGUUCACGGAUGGAUCGAUUGGAAUUUACUGUUGAACGAGAUCGGAGGUCCAAACUACGCCAACAACUAUGUGGAGACGGCGGUCGUUGUGAACGGAACGACCGGCGACGAGCUGUACAAACAACCGAUUUUCUACGGGCUGGGACAUUACUCGAGGUUCAUCACAGAAGGCUCGAUCCGAUUCGAAGUGACAAGCGACGACAGCGGGAUGCUCGUAGUAGGCUUUACGCGACCUGACAACCGCACGGUUCUAGUUUUCUACAACAAAAAAUCCAGUCCGUGUGAGCUGAAGAUCCGCGAUCCGGAACGAGGUUUAACUGACAUUGAGGUCCCACCCAAGUCGAUACAUUCCAUUCUCUACGCCUAAUUGAAGCCCAAGUCACAGAAAUUUGUAACGGAAGACAAUAAACCAAAAAUAAGCUCAAA